UGACGCUACCCAAGCUCCAAGAAACACCAUUAACCUCCCCUACACCCCGCCAACGCGUUGAAUUGAAAACGAGGGCGACGAUGGCGAAUCACUGAACUACUUUUGCCGCAAAGCGCGCGUCAAUUCAUUUAAAAUAUAAAUAUGAAAAAUUCACCGUUAGAAAGACGAGUAAAUAGUAAUUUCAGAACUUCAAUGAAACCACGUAGCUCGAAUAAUGACCCGAUUUAAAUCUCGGAGAUACUGAUAUAAACUUGUAUUUUGAUUAUGAACUAUAAAACAGAUUUGAAAUUCUCUAUUUACAAUAAAAAUGUCUUGCUGUUGUUUUUCUGAUGCUGAACCAACCCCGGGAAAAUUAGAAUUUUCCAAAGUUUGUAGCAGCGGUUUUGAAAAAGAAAGAAGAUCCAUUUAUUAUUCAGACGAUGUCAGCGGAAGAUCACCGUGUGAACGAGCAUUAAGUGAUUCCUCCAUUCAGAGCGAAGACUCAGAUCGGCAGGAUUCUGAAGAGGAUAUCGGUGACAUGGUCUUUGUGGAUGGAAAUGAAGCUGAUCUUGAUGAAUGUGAAGACGAGGACACACUUAUGGAGCGAGUUUGGUGGCUGGCAAAGCCACCGUAUGUACCCCGUCAAACGUCGGUGGUUUCUGCAAGAAGGAUACAGGUCAUCAAAGAGCGGCUUUCCACAUCAUUGAAAAGCCUACCGAAGAUUCGAACGCUAAAAGAGCAGAGAUCCAAAGGUUUGCGGAAUAGAGGAUCCAAAACACAGGAGUAUAUAGUCAUUGGAAACUUUGCCGCGAACAAUCAGGUGGUUUGCGGUGCAGGGGAACAAACAACCAUUCCAGUUUGUGCUCAAAAACUUAGUGACAUUCUCCUGUCUUGUCAGAAUAAUUAAAGUGAAGGAAA